UGGUAACUCCACAGUCUCUUAUUAUUGCUUAGGUGGUGUUUAGGCCAAGCAUAGGUUGUCAUACCCAAAGCAGUCUAUGCUAGGUGCAGCAAUUCAUUUCAACCUAACCUUGCACACCAGGUCGUAACUGGAAAGAGGAAAUUUGGAGGAACGAGAUUAAUCAGUGGGAAGAUUAUUUCCAGUAUCCGCUCCUCAACAAAGCAACAGUGGACAACGACACACCAACCCCUGGCUACUUGUUUGAAGAAAUCAUCAAACUAAGUCAUCAGUCAUCUGGGCAUCGCCAGCACUUAGUAGAUUUUAUGCUUGCACGUUUACAGAUUUCUUCGUGGCCUGGGAAGCAAAAGGUUGUCCGAAUACUUCAUCAAGUUUGUUCUCGUGGACAUUUUGGUGUGAGGAUUUAUUUGAGGGGGAAGGAUGGUGAACUUAGGAAGGCCUCAUCUGCUGGAGGUCCACCUGAUCCAGUUUUAGCAAAUACUCCACAGCUGUUCCUAAGUUCAGCAAUUCAGGAACUGCUAACUCUUCUUUUUGACCCAAAGUUAAUGAGAGAGGAUGAAUUGAAGUUAGCAGGGAAAGCAGAUGGUGAAGAAGGAUUGAACAGUUCUGCUCAACAGUCACUGGUUGGUCAAGGCUAUGGUUCAUCAGCACCUAAAGGGAAAUAUGAAGGAUUUGGAAGUUCUCCCUUACCUCGGAAUGAAAACUUAGUCAGUCAGGUACGUGACAUAGUAGAACGUGUCAUGUCCCCUUCAGGAGAAAGCAAGAAAGAGGUAGAUUUUCUGCAAAGUGAAAAGGGAGACUAUCAGCCUCUCUCUCUUCCAUCUCUUGGAUCAUCUGUUUCUGGGCCCAGUCAGGCAGCUCUGCAGCCACACCUUCCUAUUCUUGCCAAGUCACAUUCUGCUAAAUAUAAAGCCCACAGGACAGGACGAGCUGGAGGAGGCUGGGAUAGUGAUGAAGAAGCAACAGACAUGCCUCCAUCACCUUUUGCCUCUGACAUGGAAAUGUCUAUGGGAACAUCAGACCAUCAUUUAAGUGAGAGUCAGUCAAUUGGGAUGUCAGAAGAGGAAUUUCUCAACAUUUACAUACACGACAAGGUCGUAUGGCCAGUAGACCAUAAUGAACUAGUCAAAACAUGCCAGGAAUGCACCUCAUAUAAUCUCACUCUUUUGCUUGAGAAAGUGUUGCACAAACUUAGUGAAUUUGCAGAGAAUAAGACCCUUGCUGAGGAAUCAUCUGCUGUUGUAAAAGAAACUGCACCUCUAGCAGGUAGUUUGCAGACAUGUAGAUUGUUGAGGCUGCUUUUGAUGGUGGAAUUUGGUAUCCAUUAUGACGUAUUUUCUCCAGCUCAGGUUAAUAAUAUAUUAGGAAAAAUGUUUCAGAACCUCCAAGGAAAUGAGAAUUUAGAAUCUUCAGUCAGGUUAAAAUCUAGGAAGCUUUCUUUGAUUCUUCAUAAAUUAGUUUAAGUAUAAAUAUGUGAAUUUUAUGUAUUUAUAUUUUAGUGUGUUCUAAGUCAAAAUAUUUCAGUUUUUUUAUCAUACUUAAAAAAAUGUUCCUUUACUCUCAAACUUAUGUUAUUAUUGUUGUUGUCUCUGUAAUUUGAAUAAUUUAUCCAUGGCUGAAAUUAAAUGGAAGUUUAAUAAGCACUCCUUUACUCCCUUAUGAAGCUUCACCUGUCAGGAAUUUUACUAGGGAUUUUUGCAUUCUAUUACUUACUCAUGCACAAAACUCCAGAACUCUAUGCGGUUGUGAUAUUCUUGUUUAAUGUAAAUGAGAAGUUGAUAAAUGAUAGAAGAUACAGUAUAACAAGAGCAUAAUGAAGUAUUGUAUUGAUAAAAGAAAUAGUGAACAGUGUUAAGUAAAAUUCUGUUUUGAAUAAUAAAUGAGGGUAAUUGUGAAAUUUUUACUUAGAAUUCUAAAAAUAGGAAAAAGGAUUUUGAAAACACUGUUAAUGUGUCUGAUUUAGGAAGGAAGAGGAGUAAUUGCAUUUAGCAUAAUGCUGUUAGCCCCAGCUUAUCAGAGUUCUUUACUCAUUAGCUACAUCUUGCCUUGCCAGACUACCUGUUUAGACAUGAUGCAUUUGGAAAGAUGUCUCUUAAUGGAAUUAUAGGAAUAAAAUACAGUUUAGGCUAUAACUAUUUUGAGUGUUCAAGUGUGGGUUAUACUAUAGAGCCUAUUUCUUAUCAGAUUUUCAACUUGUAAAAAAACAGUAACCCAGAAGCAUAUGAUAAGUUGAAGGUCUACCAUUUUAAAAAAGAAAAAUUAUAUGAACCAAGAAUGAGUGAAUGCCACACAAGAAACAGGAACUACUCUACAGGUGUUUAAUUUAAAUGCCACAACAGUAGCAUUAUGUCCAUGGGUAAAAUUAUAGCAAGAAAAUGUAAAUAUUAUACUGUAAAUAGAUAGAUACUGUGCUCCAAGAGAAAUUAAAAAUAGCUCAGAGCUACGUGUAGGUUUUUAUCAUUUGUAAAACAUUUGAAAGGAAGGUUUUAUAACUUAAAACUGGUUUCACAUACAAGCUCAUAACAUGGCCCAGGAGCAUUGUGAAAGGGAAAUUAUAAUUGUUGUGGUUGCUGUGAAGUAAAAGUUUUUGUACCUAAGUUAGUUUUCUAUACAAUUAAGUUACGUACCAGAAGUAUUAGAGUUAAGUCAAAAUUAUAUUCUCAAAAUCUGUUGCUUUUAUAGAAUGUUCUGAUUGUUUAUAUUGCUGUACAAUAUAUGAUAACUUUGUGUUUUGUUAUGAUUGUUUAUCUUUAAUAUUCAUGUUGUUAACUAUUUAUAUUGUUAGUGUUACUAAUUCAUUUUGAUUAUCUACCCUAAACAUUUGAGUUUUUUAAAUACAGAAUAAUGGGCAA